AGGUGCCUCUACCCUCCAUAUCCUAAACGAUGCUUGGGAAGGGGAACUUUUCGUCGGCAUUCCGGCAGCAGUGUAAAUCAAAAAUCAUUACUAAUCAUUUAAUGUCGUAUUUAUUAUUGUAAGUGGGAAUGAUAUUUGUCUCAUACGCAUUUAUAAAAUUUCUAUUUCCGUUUUAGUCCGUACAAGUUAUUUCAUCCAAACAAUUGUUAGAUUAUAAAAAUUCCACGUUCAACCAGUAAUUAGAACAAUUAUCGAAAGUUUUAAGGAUAACAAAAAACAUGACUUCAAAAAUAUGGGAAGACGAAAAGGAUUGCAGUUGUCCACGAGCCUGUUUGGCCAAGUAUACGAAUUCCAGUAAUAUUCAACUGCGCUGUGUAACUGCAAGCUAUUACUUUCCAAGACUUGAUCAUGUUAGUAAAUUACAAGCCGAUUUGAAAAACGGGAUCGAACUAAUGUCUAAUGGUAAAACACUCAAAGAAGAAGAAGGAUUAGACUUUUUCGAGUACCGUGUGUCUGCUGUCAUAUCAGCAAGGGACCUGAUUUUAGACCUUGAAAAAUGUCCAAAGGCAAGAGAAAUCAUCAAGGGUACGAUCUACGAAACAUUCUACUUCAAAAUGAAAGAAAAAUAUUCAGAAGCUAUCGAUAAACUUAUGAAAAUUAGCGAUGAAGAUAUCCUGUGGCUGGAAUACGAUCCUCAUUACGAGAUUGAUUUGUAAUUACCUAUUAAUCAAUUAUUACUCCGUACUAAAAAAAAUGUCAUACUUUGUAUCUAAAAGCAUUAUUAAAUAACCCGAUGAAAAAAGAUUUUGUCUAAUCAUAUAUGAUUAUAUAUGUUCAUAUAUAUGAUCACUUAUGAUUAUAUAUAAUCAUAUAUAAAGUUAUAUAUAAUCAUCCAUGAUUAUAUAUGGGGUCAUAUAUAAUUAGAACUGAUCAUACCUGGCUGUUAUAAGCCCAUAUAUAAGUCUAUAUAUGAUCAGAUCUGAUUACAUAUAAGUCUAUGUAUAAUUAGAUCUGAUCAGAUCUGAUUAUAUAUGAGUCUAUGUAUAAUUAGAUAUGAUCAUACCUGGCUGUUAUGACCCCAUAUAUAAUCAUAUACAAGUCUAUAUAUGAUCAGACCUGAGUAUAUAUAAGCCUAUACAUUAUUUGAUCUGAUCACACCUGGCUGUUAUAACCCCAUAUAUAACCAUAUAUAAGCCUGUACAUGAUUAGAUCUGAUCAGACAUGACUGAUACAAACCCAUAUAUAAUUAGAUAUAGGCCUAUACAUAAUGAGAUCUGAUCAGACAUGACUGAUAUAAACUUAUAUGUAGUUAUAUAUGUCUAUGUAUGAUUAAAUCUUAUCAAACUUUAUGGAUAUGAAACCUAUAAAUAUUUAAUUAUGUAUGUAGUUCUAAUAAAUAUAUAUAUAUUAAAUAAUAUGACAAUUUUUUAAUAUCAAAGUUAUUAAAUUUUUAUUUUGUCAACUAUCAUUCAAACUUAAAUCCCCAAUACUUAAAAAAUGUUCAAAGGUUUCGGCAGCAACUUAAAAGUAUAAAGUAUCAAUUUGAUUAUUUGAGUUAAGUAAUGCCAUAAACUUUUCUCAAUUAUAAGUGUAGAACAGGCUAGAGGAUCAGACUACAAUCCAUCGAUAACCAAAGUUAAGCAGCAUCGGCGUGGGACAUUAAUUGGACGGGUGACCUCGUAGUAAAAUAGUAGUCAACGGAUAAGAAUUUUUUUUUUUUAUUAUUUAAUUUUAACCGACAUUUCGAUUGAUAAAGACAAUAAAUCCUAAUUAAUUUACUUAAUUAAUAAUUUACAGAUAUCCUAAAUGAGAUUCUAAAAAUGACUAUAUACGUUCAUGCAUGAUUAUAUAUAAUCAUAUAUGAUCAUGUAUAAACAUAUCUGACUAUAUAUAAUUAGACCUGGCCAAUUUUUAGAUCUGAUCAUACAUAUAUAGACAAUUAUGCAUGAUCAUAUAUGAUUAGACAAAAUCUUUUUUUAUCGGGAAAAUAAAAUAAUUAAAGCUAAACUAUCUAAUUUCUCUAAUUUAUAUCCCAAUUUUAGAGUCCUACACAGAAAAAAAGGUUGACUUGGCCCAAGAUAAUUUUUGCCAUUUUUUUAUUCUUGGGCUGAGUAAUUGGGUUUUUUUAAUCCGAGAACAUUUUCUUCGACUAAUAUUAUAAAAAUAUUGUGUCAAGAAUAAAUAAAUUUUAAUUCAAGUUAAAUAAUCUUGAUUCAAGAAUAAUUAUUUUAAAUCAAAUUUAUUUUGUUUCCAACUAAGAAAAAAAAACUAUCGAAACAAGAUACUUUUCUGUCUUGGUUGGUGAGUAUAGUAAAUUGUCACAAUAUAUAUCAACAUCUCAAACCAAGAACUUUUUUUUGCGUAUAUUUAAUAAAUAAAUGUUACUUGUAAAUGAAAACCAUAUCACAAGAACUGAACUAUUAUUGUUAAUAUAUAUACAUAUUAAAUAAAGAGUGACUCGUAUAAUAAAUAAAUUAAUAGAAAUAUAGAAAUGUAAAAUUAAUAUAAUUACAAUGAUGUUUCCCGAUAAAUGAUAAUGUCAAUCGUAUCAAUUAAUUAAAUAUAGAAUAAUUAUAAAGGAAUACAUCUCUGAUAGUCUAGAAUAUUUAACUGAAAGAUUGUAUCCAAGUACAGGAAAAUAGAAUAUAAAUAAUACAAGUAAUAAGUAAAGUCGUAGAAUGGAUAAAGUAAAGAACGUAAAUAUGUAAGUUUAUGUUUUGAAUUUGUAUUAAUAAAAAGCAUAAGUAAAUUUGGUAAA